AUGGCGGCGGCGCUGAGGGCGGCCAAGCGGGAGCUGCGGGCGGAGCUGCGGCAGCGCCUGCGGGCGCUCGGCACGGCCGAGAAGCAGCGCCAGUCCCGCCUGCUCGGGCGCAAGGUGAUUGCCCAUCCCAAGUACCAAGAAUCCAAAAGAAUUGCAAUCUUCCUGAGCAUGCCAGAUGAAGUCCAGACAGAGGAAAUCAUUAAGGACAUUUUUAAGCAAGGCAAAGAGUGUUUCAUACCCCGCUACAAACCUCAGAGCAAUCACAUGGACAUGCUGAAGUUAUCAUCAGCUGAAGACAUUUCUUCACUUGCUUUGACAUCCUGGAAUAUUCUUCAGCCCAGUGAUGAUGACACUGCAAGAGAAGAAGCUUUUGCUGGCGGAGGUCUUGACCUUAUCUUCAUGCCAGGCCUUGGGUUUGACAAAAAAGGCAACAGAUUGGGAAGAGGGAAAGGAUAUUAUGAUACCUAUCUUGAAAGAUGUAUGAAACAUCCCCGUGGAAAGCCUUACACGAUUGCUUUGGCUUUUAGAGAGCAGAUUUGUGAAUCAGUGCCUGUGACAGAAAAUGAUGUUCCAAUAGAUGAAAUCCUUUAUGAAGACUGCUGAAAGUGUUUCAAUACCAACCCACCUCCAGAGCAAGCAACCAAAGGUGUCAAAUCUACUAAUCAUGGUUUUUUCUAAUUGUCAUGUACAACUUUGGGACCAGUAAAAUACACUAUUUGUGUUUGGGAAAAAAAAAAAAACUCCAAAAACAGUGUAACUGUGGUAAUAGUAGUGAAGAUUGUGUUGAUUUGCUUUUAAUUAGCAAAUAUCUGAAUGUGUGAAUUGUUAUUCUAGAAUCAAUGCAAACAAGAAUGAGUGACUGUUUAUUACAGUAAGGACCAUUUCUUCUCAUAAUAUUUUUGAGGUACAAGCUUCUUGAUAGUUAGCAAUUUUAUUAUUCUGGUUUAAAAGUGAACUGUCUAGUAAUAACAGUUCUUGAUCCAUUCUGGAAUUAGAUACUUGUAAUGGUAAAAGUUCUUAGUACUUAAAUAUUGUGUGCAUCCAUGAGCAAAGCAAGAAAUUGAUGGAGAUGUCUUAGAGUAAGCUGGGAAAAAAUGGUGAUGGGAAAAAAGCCUUAAUUAAUUUUAGUGUAUGCAGUAGUUUUGACUGUUUACUUGGCUCCUUGCAGUUGUCUUAAAAUAAAGGGAGUACCUGUUCUGUUAAUAAAAAAAGUUUUAUGUCCGUAA